CUAGAGGUGACAAGACUAUAUUAUUUUAUGAAAUGACUAGUAAAAUUGAGCAAACAAAAGACAGUCCCCAUUAAUGGAGAACUCAAAAAAAGCUCUUCUAAUGGCUUCAUCCACUGAUUGCCGGAGCACGAACUGUUCCGGCAGCUCAAUCAGCGGCAAUGGCCCCACAAUUCCUUCGCCUACGGGGCAACCCAUUACCAGAUCCGAACCCGGUAACCUGUACCCGACAACCUUCGUCCAGGCCGACACCUCUUCCUUCAAGCAAGUGGUUCAAAGGCUCACCGGCCUCUCCGAGACGACCAAGGUCGGAGCUCCGGCCACCACCCGCAGCCCGAUCCCGCCCGUCAAAACCGGAUCUAACAAGAAGGAAAAAUCCGGGUCGAAGCUGUACGAGAGGAGAAACAGCAUGAAGAGCUUCAAAAUCAGCCCGUUGGGCCCGGGACUGGGCAACAAAUCCGGGUUCGGAGCCGGGCUAUUGGGCUCUCCGAGAAUCGGAACUCCGGAGAUUCUUUCGCCGAGCAUGCUCGAUUUCCCGUCGCUUGCGCUGAGCCCGGUGACGCCGCUAAUACCCGACCCGUUUAACAGGCCGCCGCAGAGAGCGGCGAGUUCCGAGAAUUUGAACAUGGAGGCGGAGGAGAAGGCGAUAGCGAAAAAGGGGUUCUACUUGCACCCGUCGCCGGCGAGUACUCCGAGGGAUACGGAGCCCCGGCUGCUGCCCCUCUUUCCGGUCACCUCCCCCAGAAUCUCAGGUUCUGGCAAUCCUAAAUCUUAAGCAACUUUAUUUUUUGAAAAAAAAAAUCGGUUUAAUUUUCAGGCGAAUUCAUUGAUUCCAUGUAUUAGUAUGAUCUUUAUAUAUGUAAACAUCUCAUUUAUCUUUGAAAUUCGGACCGACGAGUAAAAAAAAUCCUGUUAU